UGGCCCACAGACAGCCCCCGCCAAGGUUCUGUCUCCCUCGCCCUGGGGACCCUCCUUCAAGGAGGCCACAAGAAGCGACAUGUCGGAGCGUCUCUAGAAAAGUCAGUCUUUCCUGCAACAGACUCUGAAGGUGGCCCUGCGGGUGGGCAGGUGGAAUCCGGGGGCCUGCUUGUGAUGUCACCUGUGCUCAGAAUGCUUAUCGUCAGGACAACCCAGGGCCUCCUGGGAGCAGGCGUGUGACCCGCGUGCCCAAAUCUGUCCAAACAUGGAGAGCUUCUCGCUCCUCAGCAUUUCGGGACCACGAGUCUCGUCUUCGGCCCUGAGCACGUUUCCUGACCUCAUGUCUUCACGAGGCCCCAGCUUGCCAGACAUUGCCAAGACCGCAUUCCCCACGGAGGCCUCCAACCCAGCGCAGGCCCCACCGCCCCAGCACCCGAGAAGCGCCCUCCGGCAAGGGGUGGUGCUCUCGCCAGACUGCAUGCUGGGGGACCCCCAGAACGGGGAGCAGCCGAGGCGCAGCUGCACCAUCUACCGGCCGUGGUUCUCCCCUUACAGCUACUUCGUGUGUGUGGACAAGGAAAGCUACCUGGAGGCCCACGGCUUUCCAGAGCUGCCCCGGGACGAGGGCCGGGGGGACAGCUGCCUCCCCGAGGACGCGGCCGACAGCUUGCGCUCGUCCUCCUCCUCCCCCGACAACACCAGCCCCCGAGAGGCCACCAAGAAGCCCAGGCACGGGGAUGCCACGGACCACAUCACGUCCCAGGACAUCCUGAGGGCCUCCCGGUGGCUCCCGGCGCAGCAGAACGGCUUCAAGUGCGCAGCCUGCUGCCGCAUGUACCCCACCCUGUGCUCCCUCAAGAGCCACAUCAGGUGCGGUUUCAGGGAGGGCUUCAGCUGCCGGGUCUUCUACCGCAAGCUCAAGGCCCUCUGGGCCCGGCCUGCAGACAGGCUGUCCUUGGGCAGCGGCCAGGCCCGCAAGUAGCCAGGCCAGCAGGGGCAGAGCCUGGUCAUGUCUCCAGGGAGAGGCCAAUAAACCCGUUACCACAGCUCUGUCAAGUCUGAAGUCACCCGGCACCACCUGCUGUGUCCUUCCAGUC